CGACAGCCAAUCGACUUAUGAUGUCGUCAUCUAACAACAUGGCGGACGAAAAGUAUCCGUUCGCUAAUUGUUUUUCGAGUUUUUAGCUUUUUAUCGCGUUUUAGCCUACUGAAUGAAACUUUAAAAUGGACGAACUUGUAGUCGAUCUAACCCUUGCACUAGAACGGACCGAUGAUCCGCAAUCUUCGAACUCGGACGCCACGAUAGGGCGAAAGGAUUCGCCUUCCUCUACUCCGGUUCGAAAAGCUAUCAAAAAGAGAAGGGGAAGAAAACGCAGAUCAGAUUUCCCGUUAACCAAAGAUUUGUCAAUGCUUAGCGAGGGGAGUAAUGAUUCGAUCGACGAGGCAUUGAAAGACUAUAUCGAAAAUAUUACCAUGAUGCAGAGCGAUUCUGAUGAGGACAGUGCUUUUGCGAACUCUAAACGUCUUUCGAUGUUAUAUCGAUAUCAAAUGAUGGAGCCCUAUCCCUUACCAGAGCGUCCAGAAAGCGAUUCAUUCGCAGAGAAUGCGGGUGGCAGAAGACGGUCUAAAAGAAACAAAAAGUUAAAGAGGACUCCACAGUCUUUGAAUUACACCGGAGUACAAUUUCAAAGUUCUCCUGAACUGAGUAGUCAGUAUAACCACCAUGGGAACAUAAAGAUAUCUCAUGGACAUACGAAAUCUCUCAAAAGAAAACAUUCCUGUAAAUUAUCCUCUGCUGAGAGGCAGUCGAUGUGUGAUGAUGGUGGCCAGGUGUACUACUAUGACACUGGGAGACAUAGUAGCAGCACCUCUGAACCAAUGGAGGUGGGAUCAUUCCCUAGGCAUGGUAAACAUUUCAAAAUCCUUGGGGCUGACCAUGGAAGUACUGAUUACAUGGGUGAAAAUGGUGCAAUCUGGCUUCCAGGGAGACAUAAUAAGGAUGACAUGAUGCUGAACCUUGGCUCAGAUAGUGAUGCUUCUAGUGAUGUUGAGAGCGAGGGGUUCUUUACUAACGAUGAGGGCAGAUUAGCAGAUGACGAACAAGAAGAAAGCUCUUAUGAGCAUGAGAUCCCCUUAGACCCCUGGUGGGAACAGGACUGCAAGGAAAUGGAAGAGGAUGAGAAAUUCAACAACAUAUUGAAUGGAGUAAUGGAUGAGUAUGGCAUUCCGGAGACCAACGGGACUAGAUCAUUCGGGUUUCAGGCACGGUUGAAUAUGAUGUCAAUGUAUGGAAAGGAUAAUCUUAAACCAAUGCUUAUUGAGGCAAAUAAGAAAAUAAGCAAGUUCAUCCAGGAUUCUUCUAAAACAGAGCUGUACCUGCCUCUAAAUUCAAGAGCAGAGCAACACCAGAUACGAAAGCUGGCUUCCCUUUAUUCUCUUCACUGCCUAACAGAGAAUUCUACUAGAGACCAAGUUGUGCUCAUCAAAACCAAAAACACAAGUAGGCCCGACAAGAUUGCUAUAAACCGCCUUUUUGGCAAGCAGAGAAAGAACAGGAAAAAAGUCAGUCCAUCAUCCAAAGUCAAAAAAGCUAGAAAAACGCUACCAGCCUCUGAAGUUGCUGUAGCCCAAGCAACAUUGCCAAUACCAGAGCACAACAUUGGUAACCAGAUGCUCCGUGAAAUGGGUUGGGUACCAGGCAAAGGACUUGGACCGAAUCAGAGUGGAAGGGUCGACCCAGUCAAAGCCACUAUGAGACCAAAAGGACUGGGGCUAGGACACACAUGGCCCUCAUCUAAAUGAAAUCCACAGAGCUACAGAAUUUACGUUCUAUGAUGUACAUAGCAUAUAUCAUUCCAAUGACGGUUUUACUCUGAAUAUAAUUCUGUUUUUAAAUGGCAAAUUGUAGUACUUUUAUUACAUGGAAGUUCAGAGCUACAAAAUUAACGUUCUAUGAUGUACAUAGCAUAUAUCAUUCCAAUGACGGUUUUACUCUGAAUAUAUUUCUAUUUUAAUGGCAAAUUGUCGUACUUUUAUUAGAUGGAAGUUCUUGUAAAAUUAGAAAGGCAAAUACUAUAAUUCUGUUGUUUGUAAAAGAAUAUGAAAUGUGUAUUUAUGGAUCAUAUCAUAUCUUUCUAGAUUUAAUUUAUUUUUAGCCGGGUUUUGUAACCUAAAUCCAUAAAUGGCUAGUAAAAAAUUCUCUUUAUCAAAAAGAAAGGAGGCGAUAGUGUUGCUUCGGAGGCGAUAGUGUUGCUUGCCCGAGUGUAAGUUGAGUGUCAGGUCCUUCUUUCGUGUCUUAUGAAUUAAACGGCAACCGAAAAAGACUAUUUGGAGAUGCCACUAAAGCUUACAAAUGACAGACCCACGAGGUGCCACAGUAGUCUUGCUUCCAAUGAUACAUUGUUGUGGUUCUCUUGACAUAAGAAAUACAUUUUAAAGUGUAUUAAAGGCUAACUAUAACUAUUCCAUCAAUAAUAAACUUGGUAAUGUUUUAACAAAACAAAACAAAAAUUUUUCAAAAUUUUUUUCUUAAUUUAAAAUAAAAUUGAUUACGCUUCGUAUCAAUCAGAAAGGUUUAAAGCGGUCAAAAAGAAAUAAGUAUAGGCUAAUAAAGAGUUAGAUUAAUAGGCCGUUAGCCUCAUUCGAGGUGAUUGGCAUAUACACCUAUUCCAAAAUAUGUUGUCAGUGCAAAUGGCGAAUGCCAAUUGUCGAAUGGCAGUUCUAAGAUCGAAAAAUACCAUGGAACACGUCGAAUUUCUACUGAAUGCAGGAUAAUGUGGAUAAUUUUUGCGAUUAUAAUACUUUUCAUCUUUAUUCUUACAAAUAAUUAUACCCAUAAGCAGUGAUUGGUCUUGUAACUGCUAUUUGCCAAAUGCCAUUUGCACUGACAACGUUUAUUGAAAAUAUUUACGGUUAAUCUGGCUAAGGCCUGGAAGAAUGGCUAGUAAAAAAUGUCUUUACCAGACAAAGAAAAAA